AUGAUCGUCGCCACCGACUACUUUACUAAAUGGAUCGAGGCAGAAGCUCUAUCCUCUAUUAAAGAAGCCGAUGUGGAGCGAUUCAUCUGGAGAAACAUCAUCUGCCGGUUUGGCUGCCCACAAUCGCUGGCCACUGACAACAGCUCACAAUCCAUUGGCAGGCAGAUCACCACAAAUCAGUCGCCCAUAAGCAGCGCCCUAAGGGAGACGCAGGGCGACGACCCAAAGCGUCCUUCGGGAGACGCAGCCCGUAAGAAGCGUCCUAAGGGAGACGCAGGGUGCGCCAGGAAUUUCUUAAAAGAAGGUCUCCAUGCCUUCUGCGGGAAGUAUCCAGGUUCCUAUCCGUUUCCUAAGGGAGGCAGGAUAGACACGCAGUUGCCCAUAAGCAGCGUCCUAAGGGAGACGCAGGGCGACGACCAAAGCGUCCUUCGGGAGACGCAGCCCGUAAAAAGCGUCCUAAGGGAGACGCAGGGUGCGCCAGGAAUUUCUUAA